CCACACUGUGCAGUUCUUUGCUGCUGAACAACUGCCAUGCUGGUGUCGUGUGUAGAGAUCCCAGCUCUGGAGCAGCCGGGGGGCGGUGUCACAGCAGGUCUGAUCACUGCCAGGGCCCAGGUGCGUGUCAUUGUUCGUGACAUUAGUGGCAAGUUCUGCUGGAUUCGUGAGUGCUUUACGCGCCACCCAACUACAAGGAUGGGCCUCUAUCCAGCCGAAACCGCUGACUCCAUGCUGGCUUCAUUGGAACAGCGAUACUCACACGACAUCCUCGCGCUGAACGACCCGUUGCCACGGCGCACCAGCCAGCCCGCGAAGCCCCACAAAGAAGUGCCAGAGACUUAG